UCAGUGAUGUCGUGGUUUCGAGCCGCUCCUUUGGCCCAGGGUCCUGGAGAGGAGGGGGACGUUUUUGACGAGGAAGCUGACGAGUCGGUCCUGGUGCAUCGGGAAUGGCGGAGCCACAUGCAGAGACGAGUCAAAGAAGGCUAUAGAGAUGGAAUAGAUGCUGGCAAAGCAGUUACUCUUCAACAAGGUUUCAAUCAAGGUUAUAAGGAAGGUGCAGAAGUCAUUAUAAACUAUGGACAACUCAGAGGAACAUUGAGUGCUUUGCUCUCCUGGUGUCACCUUCAUGAUAAUAGUGCAGCUUUGAUCAGUAAAAUAAAUAAUCUUCUGGAUGCAGUUGGCCAGUGUGAAGAGUAUGUGCUCAGACAUCUGAAAUCAAUCACUCCACAGCCCCAUGUUGUAGAUUUAUUGGACUCCAUUCAGGAUAUGGACCUUUGUCAUAUAGCUCCAGCUGAGGAAAAGAUUGAUGAAGCUAAAGAUGAAAGAUUCUAUGAAAAUAAUGCUGAGUUUAACAAAAACUGUAGCAAGAAUCUUAGUGGGGUAGAUUGUUCAUCUUUAAAAUGUUGUAGAACACAGGAGCGUGCACAUUCCGAAAACCCAAGCCUCACUUGGAUUUUAGAACAGACAGCCAGUUUGGUAAAACAGCUGGGAGUAUCAAUAGACAUAUUACAGCACCUCAAACAACUAUAAAAAUUAUCUUCAUUUUAAUAAUGAAAAUAAUAUUCAGAACAUUCUUAGAACAUUUUGUUUCUGAACAAGCUAACCAAAAUUUGUACUGGUUUCUACAUUGAACACUUCACUUGUAAGGUUAUCCUUCAUGGAAGUUUGAAAUGUCUUCAAAAUUAACACUAUUUAAUAUAAGCCUAUUUUCUUUGUCACUGGUAAUUUUUAUGUGGUUUAAGAUAUGCUCGGGCAUUCCAGUUGUCAUCAUUUUCAAAUUUCUGAUCAAAAUCAAGCAUUUUUGGACUCAUUAUUAGCAGAAAUGAACAAGAAUCAGACUACAGUUAACCCUUGAACAGCACAGGUGUUAGGGGUACCCACCCACCAUGCAGUCAAAAAUCUGCAUAUUACUUAUAGCUGGCUCUCCAUACCUGCAGUUGCGAGUCUCAGAUUCACCCAACCUCAGAUGCUACGGUACUGUAGUAUUUACUACUGAAAGAAAAUCCAAGUAUAAGUGGACCCUCAGAGUUCAAACUCUUGUGGUUCAAGCAUCAAAUGUUAUUUUGUAAGGACUUAGCCCUACCUUCUGCUCUUAGCACAUUGUCUUGUGAUUAGGACCUCACCUUAUAAUCAGACCAAAGUUACAAAAAAUUACCUAAUGGCUAAAGUUGUAAAUAGACACACAUAGAUGUAUAUAGAUAUGUAGACAUAUAUAUAUUGAAAUUAAGAGGCUAAUAAGUGUAAAGCUGAAAAAAUGUUUAUACUGAUAAUUAAAAUACUAAAGUUUGUUUUAGUUUUUUUAUUGAGGUAUAAUUGAUUUAUAAUGUUUCAGGUAUACAGCAAAGUGAUUCAGUUAUACAUUUUUUUUUCAGAUUUUUUUCCAUUAUAGGUUAUUACAAAAUAUUGAAUAGAGUUCCCUGUGCUAUAUAGUAGGUCCUUUUUGUUUAUUUUAUAUAUAGUAAUGUGUAUAUGUUAAUCCCAAACUUCUAAUUUAUGCCCACCUCCUUUCCCUUUUGGUAACCGUAAGUUUGUUUUCUAUGUCUGUGAGUCUAUUUCUGUUUUGUAAAUAAGUUCAUUUGUAUCAUUUUUUUAGAUUCCACAUAUAAGUGAUAU